AUGGGUAAUAGAACGUCUCAUACCCGUUUCGCGACCGGCCGGUAUUCCGAACGCGGUUUCUCGCGUCUCGAUGCCGAUGCAUGGGAGCAAAGAUUCAGCCAACGUCGGCCGGGAAGUGUGCAAGCCUAUCUACAACCGCCAUCAACCACGCUUAGCGAAUACCUAAAAUUACAUUCAGCCAAAUAUCGCGCUACUGGCGAUCCAGAAGCAGAAGAAACAAUAGUUGUCUCGUCAUUUGACGAUCCGUAUCCACAAACACGAGAUUUUGCCAAAUUCCAUCCAGGUUCUCCGUAUCAAGAUGCCAGUGAAAUCUCAUCAAGAUCCACUUCUGUAGAACGGUCACAAACGAAGCAAACAAUGACACGAAUGUCCAUACAACAGCAACGUCGACGGCCUGAACGCGGAGAUUUGCGCACGGAAGGUUCUUCAGCAUCAAAUGUGCAUUGCAAAUCUUUGGUACGACGCACAUCUUCCGGUUGUACUUCUGCCAGCCGCAGUCGUAUUACUCGAUCCGGUUGUUCUGGUGGACUAUCUCAUCAAAUGGGUUUUCAAACUCAGCCAGAUGGACUUAUAACUUACACAGCAUUUCUCCGCUCUGGACCUUGUGGUGUCCCGGUUGACGGUUGGUUAAAUGAGAUACGUCGUAAGGCAUCUCGCUAUCUGACUGGACUUCAUCGUCAGUAUCAGUGCACAGUGCGCAUCGAGCCCCGACUAAUCUCCUAUCGUGGAUUUUAUGUGCACGCACUGUUGAUAACUGGAGCGAAACAAUCCGAUUUAAUUCGAUGUCGAAAUGCCUUACCUGGUUGUAUCGAGAAAUACUUAAUUACACCGUAUGCAAACCAUGGUCCUAUAAUAACAGCACGAUAA